CUUUAAUACGCUACUAUUUUGAAAAAUAAUUAUUUGGUUUUGCAAAUUUCAUGUGAAUUACUUAUAAGUACGAUGUUUUAAAUAAGGAAACGAGAGUAUGAAAGUAUAUAGGGAUAUAUUGCAAACAAAUUACAUUAUUUAAUAGAACUUUAAAAUUUGUCAAAACUUUAAUAAGAAAGCCGCUAAUGAGCGUGAUCGUGACCGUCUUCGCGAAGCGCGAAAAUCUAAUUAUCAUGGCACGUGCUAUUCCACCUAGAUGUUUGUCAAAAUGAAGAGAAAAGCUGUCUUCAGAACACAGAGACCAAUGCAAUGGAAGAUAAUCCAUAUUCAAAAAAUGUUACCCAACAAAAAGGGAUUCCCUCAACUUUGCAACAUCAAAAAGGAAUUGGUACUCCCAACUCAAAUACUGCUUGUUUUACAGCUGCAUCAACAAGUUGUUUUUCUGGACAAUUGCAUCAUAGCUCUCAUGAUGUGCAAAUGAAUGAGCUCUUUCGAAUUCAAAGUAUCUUAGAACAUAAUGAAAAUCAAUCUCAGUUAUCACGUCAAUGUUCUGGUGGUUCUGAUAAUCAAAUCUAUGAACCAAAUAGUUUGAUGUUUGAACACCCUUCAAUCCCAUCUUCUGUUAACAGUUGCCCAACUUAUUCUAUGUCAACUCUAAGAACUGAACCACUGUCACAUAACAUUCAAAGUGUUCAACUAUUUGACAUGAAUCAUUAUGGCCAUCAAGCUCAUGCAGAUGCCAAUUCUAUACUUCAAUGUCAGUCAGCAUCUAGUGUACUUUCUUCAGGUAUAGAAUAUAGAAAAGAGACUGUUCAGAAAUCAUUGACUUCUAUUGAUGAUGCUGCCCAAAAACAUUCUCAUAGUUUACCUCUAGCUUCUAUUAAGUUUGACAUGGUUGAAGGAAAGCCUGUUUAUGCAAUUCAUUUGAUGGGAAAGAAAAUUCCUUUAGCUGGUAUUACAAUACCUACACCCAAUGGACCCAUGCAACUUCAAUCAGGAACAUGUUCAUCUGCAUGCAACGAGAAUGCUUUGCUCAAUAUUGAGAAUGAUAAUGGUCUUCAAUUACCAUUAGUGGUUACUGAUAAACACUCUGUUAGGUCAUCUUCACCUGGGUUUUCUGUUUUAUCACCAUCAAGUAAACCAAAGUUUACAUGCAAAAUAUGUGGUAAAGUUUAUUCGAGAAGUUGGUCAUAUUAUAGCCAUUUACGAGAUCAUACAGUUACCUUAAAAGAGUUUAAUUGCUCUUAUUGUUUAAAGAUAUUCUCUGAUUUAGAUAGCCUAAAUCAGCAUCUUUUAGUGCACACAAGUGAAAAAGAAUACAUGUGUUCAUUGUGUGACAGAUUGUUUAGUGAUCCAACUUCUUUAAGAACCCAUCAGUUGACACAUAUUGAUGGAAAAUUUAUGUGUGAAAAUUUGAAUUGUGACAAAGUUUUUGCAACUGGAAGUGCGCUAAGAGUUCACCAAAGAGUUCAUCAAGAUGAAAAGCCGUAUAGAUGUCUAAAUGAUGGAUGUGAUAAAGCUUUUAAAACGCCAUCGGAGUUAGCUCGUCAUGAGUUUCGACACACUGGGACAAAACCUUAUAAAUGUGAUCAGUGUAGUAAAUCAUUUAUCAGAAAUGAUGAUUUAAAAAGACAUUAUUUUAUUCACACAGGCCAGAAGCGAUUUAAAUGCGAUCAGUGUGAUUUUUCAUGUAUUCAAUCAUUUGAUCUUGUCAAACACAAGUUUGUUCAUGGUGGAGAGAAACCAUAUAAAUGUGAGUUUUGUGAAAAAAAGUUCACUCGCCCAGUCCGUCUAAGAGAGCAUUUACGAACUCACACAGGAGAGAAGCCAUUUUCAUGUGAAGUUUGUGGGAAAACUUUUGCUCAACAAACUGCCUUUAAAUCUCAUCAGCUCAGUCAUGAAGCUUCUAAAGUUUUACAAAGUUCACAAUCAGAGUCUAAUGACACACCUACUACAUCGGCAGAAAUCCCUCAAAUCAGUGUUCAAAAUUUCAAAUGUUUUUUAUGCAACAAAAAGUUUGCUUCUGCCAAAAAUUUAAAAAGACAUGCUGUUGUUCAUUCAGAUGAAAAACCAUUUGAGUGCAAUACUUGUAAGAAAUCGUUUGCUCGUGUCAGUGAUUUAAAACUUCAUUUACCAGUUCAUGAAGAAGAUAAGCCUUUUAAGUGCAAUCAAUGUGAAAAAACAUUUACACGUUUUAAUUCUUUAAAAGAUCAUACUAGAUUGCAUUCUGGUGGAUUCCCUUACAAAUGUGAGAGUUGUGGUAAAGUGUUUAAUCAUAGAUCUCAUUUAAAUGUACAUCUUCGAACCCACACUGGGGAAAAGCCUUAUUCAUGUAGCAUCUGCUCAAAAGAAUUUGCACGGAAGUCCACCCUGCAAUAUCAUCUUCGAAUGCAUAACAAUUUUAAUACAAAUACCAGCGUUUCUACUGAGCAAGAAGAUAAAGAAAGUGAAUUCAGCGAUACAAGUUUUACUGAAGAUCAUAUGAUAAUGCAAUUGCAUCCGACUGACCAAAAUGUUUUAUCCUGUCUUGGUUCAUCUGCAAAGCGAAAACGAGAAGAUUCUCCCGACUUAGAUUUUCAAGCUGAUAGAAGUUUCUCUCUAAAGCGUCAAAUUACCAAUAGUUGUAGUUCUCAGUUAACUGGCUAUAAUGAGCGGUUUAUCGAAGAUUCUCAACAACAAUAUAAGGUUGAAGAUGUUUCUGUUAUGUCUCUUGGAUCUUUGUUGAAUACAGAUCAUCUUAUUUUAACACACUCUUCAGAUUCUCAACCUGGUCAAGUAAUGACUUUAGAUGGAAACACAGUUGUUUCAUUCAAUCUUUCAGAUCUUCAGCCAUUAAGAGAUUUGCAAGGCCUGAAUAGUCAGUUACUUUGUAAUCAACAACAGAACAACAACAGCAACAUCAAUGAACAAUGUCACAUAGUAUCAAAUCUGCAAAGACAAGAACAAAUAAAUAUGUCUUGUGUUGCAGAAGCUAUAAAUUUUGAAAGAACAGGAUGCAUCGAGUCAUUUCAAGAAGAUAAUAAUUUGGAAAACCAGUUGGAGAAUAUAGAACCGGAAUAUUUACAAAUCCACCGUGAGCCAGAAAGUACCUAAAUUGUGCUUGUUCAUAAGAAUUGCGAAGAAAUAAUUUUCCAAAUAAUGUGUAUUACAUAUAAAUAUGUAUAUAGAGAUACAUUUGUGCGUGUGUAUGCGUAUACAGUAUAUAACUGCGUUCAUGCAAAUUAUUCUUUUAUGUAUUUAUGUAUACAUUAUAAAAGUUUAUAUCAAAGUAUAUUUUAUCUUUGUUAAUAUUAUUCUUUGUUUUGUAAACCAUGUUUAAAGCCAAACUUCUAUUUAUUUAUAUUUUUAUGUGACGUAUCUACGAAGUUUAUAGAUAUAAGAGAUUUUUACUUUUGUAUAUAUUGACUAUGAUAUUUAUAUUAAAACCCAAUCAUUUUUUCUCUC